UGUGUGUGUGUGUGUGUUAUGACGUAACGAACGGAACGUUUUUUUUUUUGUUGUUUUUUUAAAAAGAGCCUAGGUUCCAAAAUGUCCUGUGACGUCACAAUUCAACGUAUCGAAAAUUCCAAAGUUAAACGUCUGAAACCUGAACGUUGGAAAUGUCUUACAUGAGUGAGUUAGAGAAGACUAGGAUCAUGAGAGAUCCUUCGAAGUUACAGAUGAAGAGGAGGAACUUCGUGGCAGAAAAUCUUCUGGAGACCAAACAGGUUUACAAACUGCUUCGGUUGGUAAACCAGAAGAAUAAAGAGCAGAUAGAGAAGCUAGUGCUUUUAGGUGUCCCAGAUCUGAUCAACCUCACAGAGCCUGAAGAGGGGAUCAGCGCCCUGCACCUGGCCACUGUGGAAAAUGAUCUGGAGUUAGCUAGUUUCCUCUUGUCCCUCAACGCACAUCCUGAUGUCCCGGACAAAAAGGGACGGACCGCGAUGAUGCUCGCUGCAGAACGUGGCCAUGUCGACAUGGUGGAUUUUCUGUACAGUAAUCAAGCCAGUGUGUCCCUCGUGGACCUAGAAGGCAAAGGACUGCUGUUUUACUGCAUCGGCCCAACAGAUAGUCACAAACAGAUCAUGGACAUGGUACUUAAAAUGGACGUGGAUGUUAACAACACCUCUAACACGGGCAAAUCUGUCUUCAUGUUCGCCUGCGAACAUGCCGAGAUGUGCGAGAACUUCUGCAUGCGGCUUUUGGAGUCAGGAGCCGAUCCGGAUGUCGCCGAUCCGGCGACCGGGUGCACGGCUUUGAUGGCGGCUGUGACGGCCGGAUCUGUAGCGUUGGUAAAAGCGAUCCUGCAAAAAGGUGUUGACCCGAACAAAGUCAACAAAAAUGGACUGAACUCUGUUCACAUUGCAGCAGCCAAAGGCUACAUCGAGAUGCUCAUAUUUUUGUCAGCGUACUCUGCUGAUUUCAGCAUUACGGCCGAUCUCGGACAUACGGCCUUGCACGCAGCGGCUGCCGCAGGCCACGCAGAGUGCUGCAGGUUUCUGUUUCAGAGAGGAUGCAAGAUGACCAAGAACAAGCAGGAUUUACUGCCAAGCCAGAUUGCUAAGAACAACGGCCACAAAGCCGCUCUGAGAGUACUGAAAGACGCAGAGCAAUCUUUGAAGACUGGGAACGUAGCCGUCAAUGAAGCCAAGCUACACGAUUGGUCGUUUGAGCACAAAGAGGAAUUGCGAGAGGCCUUCCAAACGGCCGAAGAAGGAGAACCUCCGGAAGAAACCGUUCCAAACGAGACGCUAGUGUCCGUUCUGCAGGAGCAUCACGCGCCUAUAGACGAGGAGAGCCUGGAGGAAAUUGUCAAAGCCCUUGACAAGAAUCGUUGGGGCAAAAUCAACAUCGAUGAGUUCUUCGCAGGACACCUUUUCUUACCGAACCAAUACCCGCUGUCAUCCUACAAGUCUGCAAGACUGAGUAUAGGUAGGAUCGAACAAGCUGAGCCGCCAUCGACUGAGAUUACUCCUACAAGCCCUGAAAGCUUUGAGCCAAGUGCUGAGACGAUUCGUGACCGCUUGCAAGUUGACGUUACCGAAGACGCUUUGCUGAACCUGGAGCCCAAAGAACUUUACAUAAACCUCAGCCAGUGUGUAAAAAGUGACAAAUUUGAUUUGCUGAAGUUAGCGUUCAGCCAAAAUGUCCCUGUGGACACUAGGGACAGAAUAUACAAAACGCCGCUCAUGACUGCCUGCAUGAUGGGGAAAUACCAGAUGGCUCAGUUCCUCAUCUCACACGGGGCAGACGUAAAUGCCUACGAUCAGUUCAAAUGGACUGCUCUACAUCACGCCUGCAUGGAGGGACACGCCGACAUCGUCAAACUCCUAGUGGAUCACGGCGCUAUCGUUAACGCCACCACCACAAACGGAGUGACGCCGCUAAUGACAGCCAUCAAGAGAUCAAAAUCCAAAUGCGUGGAUCAGCUCUUGAAUUCUGGCGCUAACGUCGAUGUCACAAACAAACACGGACAAGAUUGUAUGACCAUCGCACAGCUGUAUGGAAAUAUAGACAUCUGUGUAAUGGUCCAAACCGGGUCGGAGAACCUAAAGAGCCAGAUUUCAGGAAAGAAAGCGGCACCAGCGCCUCCUAAAUCCAAGAAACCUGCAGCACAAAUGCCAACAAAGAAAAGCCAGACCGCUGUAAACCUGAUCGGUGUAAACCCGAACGUGACAGACUACCUCAUUACCCUGCCUUCUGCAACCGUCCAGGGGCUGCCGGUUGUAUCCUCCCCUCGCCUCGAGCCGAGGCUAGCAGAAAGGAAGAAGCGUUUUGCAAAAGAAGACCCGAUGAAGCUCGUGAUUCAAUAAACUAUCAGGAAACCGAUGCAGAUUAAAAAAAAAUCCGAGCCAGAAGGUCGAUAACCGUAACUGCAGGAUAUGAUCGUGGCGUCAGAAAUAAACAACAGUUAGCUCUCUGGACAGAUUGUAGCGACAGCUUUGAGGAGGAUGCACGCUUGGAGUUUCUCUAUUUGAGUUAAAUAAUGAUAAUAAAUCAUUUCACUUGUCCACGACAUUCUUAUUUAUGUAGAUGCACCUGUAUAAUAAAAGCUAUUUAAGACAAUCAUGUCAAGGUU